AUGAUUAUCAUAGUUAUCCCUGUCUCACAAAACCGUGGGGAAAAUAUGUAUACACUGCCAGUGACUACUCUACCAAAGAAGAAAUUUCUAAAGAUACAGUUCCGUGCUGCACCUGCUCUUCCCUUAUUUGAAUGUACCUAUGCAGAAUCAACUCGAGAAACAACAUGCCAAAUAAAGGGGCUGCCAGUAACAGAAGCUAAUAACUUGGAGAAUCAUUAUAAAGCUCUUAAUAUAUAUUCUGGAAAAGUGAAAAAUUGCCUAGAAAUCGACACUGAAGGAAUUAGUAUUUUAAAUGUUUUAGGCAGCCAUGGUUAUAAUUACAGAGUUGAAUCACAAUCCAUGGCAAUCGAUACAACUGCUAUUGGGGGAAGCAUGGUUAAGACUCAAAAAACAAUUUGGACGCUUACAAAAGUUGAAUGA